ACCUCAAGGAUGUGUCGACACCAACCUUGAGGCUUUCCAAUUCCUCAAAACAUAGAUGAGAAUGAGAUGGCAAGAGCUCUACCCCCCUUCUUUGUUUCUUUCGCAUCCAUGGGCUCUGUGUACUUUGUCGUAGUGUGUCUUUUUAGCUUGGCCUUACCAUUUCCUUGGAUGUAAUUUUGCCUGGGGACUCUCUUUAUUCGGCGUCUCUGUCAUGCUUGGUCUCUAGCCGCAUUUGUCAAGGACUUGCGGCACUUUCUUCUUUUGGAUUUGGGUUUCCAGUUCAGGCAAGGAUCCAACCUCUAACCUCUGGUAGGGGUUGCUUGUGUGGCCUUUAAGCCUCUAGUUGGACUAAGGUAGGUUGUGUUUAGCUGGGUCAUUUUGUUUUUGGGCCAGGGGCCUCUAAUUGUAUUGAAAUGUAUAAGCCUUUAUUAAUGAAAACCUUUCUACUUAUGGGAAAAUAAAAUAAAAUUCAGCAUGCAUUCACCGGGACCAGAGGAAAUCCAACAUUGUCAUUGUCAGCAAUUAAAAGAGGACACAACACGAAGUUUCUUCUGUUAUCCUUGGCCACUGGAUGGUAUUGGAAGGACAUGCACUUCACCACACAACAAUCAACCUUUCAUGGCAAUUUAUCCACCUCAAAACCUUCCAAACAUGUGAUAUAACUCUCUUAUCUUCUCCCAUUCAUCUGCUGGCUUCUCUCUGCAACCAAACCAACCCCAGCAAGCGUCAUAAGCCACUUGUUACCUGGUACACCAUUUUUCUUUUUUGUGAUGGCAGCAGCAGAACACUCAUCCCAGAGGAAUUCCAAUACUCAGCUUUUGGAAGAGCUCGAAGCACUCAGCCAAUCUCUCUACCAAACCCACUCUACCACCAACCGAAGAACUGCCUCACUCGCACUUCCUCGAACUUCUGUUCCCACACUCGCUUCCGUCGAUGAGACCACCACAGCCAAAGUUAAUGAUAAUUCCACCUCCAGACCCCGCUUCAGGCGCAUGUCCUUGUCGCCAUGGCGUUCUCGGCCAAAGCCUGAUGAUAAUGGCGCAAAACCAUCUGAUCAACCUGGCGCCAAGAAACUGGAUGAAACAGCUACUUCAACCGAGAAGAAAGGACUUUGGAACUGGAAGCCAAUCCGUGCUCUUUCUCACAUUGGGAUGCAGAAACUGACCUGUUUGUUCUCGGUUGAAGUAGUCGCUAUACAAGGCCUUCCAGCUUCGAUGAAUGGGCUCCGACUUUCCGUUUGUAUUAGGAAGACAGAAACCAAGGACGGUGCGGUUCACACGAUGCCAUCAAGGGUUUCGCAGGGAGCUGCCGAUUUUGAAGAGACCCUGUUUGUUAAGUGUCAUGUGUAUUGCACUUCAGGCAAUGGAAAGGAGCUGAAAUUCGAGCCCCGUCCGUUUUGGAUUUAUGCGUUUGCAGUUGAUGCUGGAGAGCUUGAUUUCGGGAGAGGUUCCGUUGAUUUGAGUCGCCUCAUUCAGGAAUCAAUGGAGAAGAAUCAAGAAGGUACUCGGAUUCGACAGUGGGACACAAGUUUCAAUCUUUCUGGAAAGGCUAAAGGAGGAGAACUUGUUCUCAAGUUGGGAUUUCAGAUUAUGGAGAAGGAUGGAGGGAUUGAUAUUUACAGUCAGGAUGACAAACUGAAGCCAAGUAAAUCCAGAAAUUUCACAUCUUUUGGCCGUAAACAGUCGAAAACAUCAUUCAGUAUCCCCAGUCCAAGGAUGUCAAGUCGAAGUGAAGCUUGGACUCCUCCUCAGACAAAAUCAGCAGCGGAUCUUCAAGGAAUAGAUGACUUGAAUCUUGAUGAGCCAGCCCCAGUUCCUUCCUCAUCUCCAUCAGUUCAGAAAUCACAAGUUCCAGAACCGAAGAUUGAAGAACUUGAACUCCCAGAAUUUGAUGUUGUGGAUAAAGGAGUUGAGAUUCAAGAGAAAGAAGAGUCUGAAGAAAAUUUUGAAGCAAAGUCUGCAUCAAGUGAAGUUGUCAAGGAGAUGGUGCAUGAUCAGGUACAUCUUACCAGAUUAAAUGAGCUUGAUUCAAUUGCUCAGCAGAUAAAAGCACUUGAAUCUAUGAUGGGAGAAGAAAAAAUAGUUAAAAUAGAAGAUGAAAGUGAAUCACAAGGACUAGAUGCAGAUGAAGAGACUGUCACAAGAGAAUUUUUUCAGAUGCUUGAGGAUGAAGGGAUUAACACAUACAAAUUCAAUCAACCUAAAACUCCACCUCUGCCUCUGGGUGAAACUGAUGAUUCCACAGAUUCUGAGUCCAAAGUAUAUCUGUCUGAUCUCGGCAAGGGUUUAGGCUGUGCAGUGCAAACAAGAAAUGGAGGCUACUUAGCAGCCAUGAAUCCACUAGAUACUGUUGUUGCAAGGAAAGACACUCCAAAAUUAGCGAUGCAGAUUUCAAAACCAAUUAUUAUUCCAUCGCACAAAUCCAUGAAUGGUUUUGAAUUAUUUCAGAAAAUGGCAGCCAUUGGUUUUGAGGAACUCAGCUCUCAAAUCUUGUCAUUGAUGCCCAUGGAUGAACUGAUUGGGAAAACCGCAGAACAGAUAGCUUUUGAAGGCAUAGCUUCUGCAAUCAUCCAAGGGAGAAACAAAGAAGGUGCUAGUUCCAGUGCUGCUCGUACCAUUGCUUCUGUAAAAACCAUGGCAAACGCUAUGAAUACAGGCAGGAAAGAUAGGAUUUUUACAGGAAUUUGGAAUGUAGAUGAAAAUCCGUUGACAGCAGAGGAAAUUUUGGCUUUCUCGUUGCAGAAGAUUGAGGCAAUGUCAGUUGAGGCCUUGAAAAUUCAGGCAGAAAUGGCAGAGGAAGAUGCUCCAUUUGAUGUUUCUCCACUCAAUGAAAAGACAAGCGCAGGUGGUAAGCAUAAUCAUCCUCUGGCUUCUGCCAUUCCACUUGAGGACUGGAUAAAAAAUUACAGCUCAUCUACUUUGGAUGGUGAGUCAGGGGACCUUGAAACAAUCACAGUAGCAGUGGUUGUCCAGCUACGGGAUCCCUUGAGGCGAUAUGAGGCAGUUGGAGGUCCUGUGGUAGCACUUGUUCAUGCAAUAUGCACUGACAACAAAGAAGACAAGUAUAAUGAGGAAAAGAAAUUCAAAGUGACAAGUUUACAUGUUGGAGGUUUGAAGUUAAGAACAGGAGGAAAGAACAUGUGGGACUCAGAGAAGCAGAGGGUGACUGCAACGCAGUGGCUGGUGGCGCAUGGACUGGGAAAGGGAGGAAAGAGGGGGAAACAUGUGUUAAUAAAGGGGAAAGAUCUGUUGUGGAGCAUUUCCUCAAGAAUAAUGGCUGAUAUGUGGCUCAAACCAAUGAGAAAUCCAGACGUAAAGAUUACAAACAAAGUCUAGAAUAAAGUUCGUUCUUAUAUUGUACUCACGAUGCUCACAGCAACAUGAAAGUGAAAUAGAAGAGUGGAGCUAGAGCAUGCAGGCAAUAGUAAGGAAGCUUUCUUGUUGGGAUGCAGGCAGCAAAAUACCAUUUGUAAGAUUCUAGAUAUAAUAAGUCUUCAAUUAUAUAAGUUCUUUAUUAUAUAAGAUUUGUUAACUGCAAGUACACUUUGUUCAAACUCUUCAUAAUGGAAAAUACAGUUCCCAGAUUUCGAUA